AAUUAAGUGAAACAAACGGUACAUUUUUCUUGUUAUUUUAAAUUAUGGAUAGCCAGAGGAACAGUCCAACACUCAGACAUCAUUUACAAACAAAGCAUUUGUGUUUAGUGAGUCCGCCAGAUCAGAGGGAAGCGUUGAACUUGCUGAACGGUUAUAACAACAUCAGACUGAUUGGCACUGUCCUCUUUCACAUAGAUUGGCGGCUGGGACGUGAGUUAUUUGGCAUAUAAUUUCACUGUGUGCACCCGGGAAGCUAAAAAUACUCAGUCCUAGGGAUGAGAUCAUAGUCUUGGAGUUGGAGAGAGACAGGGACUAUGAUUAUAGGCUUUUGUCACAGGCAUGAAACGGCUAUUUGUCAACACCGUGUCAAAAGCGGAGACAAAGCUUCUCUCCAAAGAGUCCGAGGUAUGAAGCCUGUGGUGGAUCUUACAUGAUCACUUUAUCAAUGGACGGUGUUAUUAUGCAUGAUUUACCGGCAUGCGUAAUUAAAUAUUGUAUCAUUGCCACAUUUUGCGACAAUUUCCUAAAACCAGACUUUUGACCUAUAAUUUAGUGUGUGCUACUAAUGUAGGCGAGUGGGGCUACACUUGCAGACUAAAUGCAAAAUACAUACACCUAGACUUUAGGGUAGCAAAUCUCCAUAGUUGAUGUUAGGUGCUGUGAGUUACUCUAUACGUUUAGCCUACUUUACAGGCUUGCAUUUGUUGGUUGGCCUAUGAGUAGCCCAAACUGUAUAGGUAAACACACAACAAACCUGUGGCAGUGGCCUUAGUAACCAGGCUAUGUUUUAGACCGGGAAACUGGUCAAAAAAUUUGGUUGGUGAAAACGAAGUCCCUAUUGCUGUCAAAUAGCCAAUGUUAUGCUGCGUUCAUAACCAAAUGGGAAGGUGGUAACUACAAUGGUCAAGUCGUAAAUAUGAGUCAGGUGCAUUCAGGUUUUGAUGGGACACACCAUCAAACACGGAGGACAUUAGGCUUGAGAUUGUUUUGCUAUGUUUUGCACAUGACGACAGAGAGGUGCAAGUGGGAAACUCAGAGCACGCGGAUGGUAGGCCUACACGAUUUUGGCUCUAGUAAUUACCAGUUGGAUGGGGGUUGAAGGGGAUUUUUCCCAGUCGUAUGCUGGUAUUUACUAAAUUAUGAGAAAUUACGAACGAAGCAUUAUAUCACUGAUUAGACUGAGUAAAUGAGGGUAGGUAGGUGAGCACUGUUAAAAUAGUUGUAGGGUGGUAAUUUGGCUGGAUAGUGUUGUAUAAAACUACAUGAUUAAACUGGCGUGCGCGGCUAAAGUUCGUCUGUGCAAUAGACUUCAACAAGUGAGUUGCUCAUGACACGCAGUCCAUUAAAACCAGAGGAAAUGUCUGACCUCUGAACGUCGAGAUAAAGUGCAAUGUACAAGAGAGUGGUUUAAUGUAUGACUUUGGAGCAGGGCCCGCGGAAUCAGUGCUUUAGAUAAAGUUUAAAAACAUAUAUAUAUAGCACUGUAAUGGGCGUAGGAAAAUCUCCUGGUUGGAAAGCAUUGUUCAUUACUGAAUGACUCCCAUGUAACCACUGCUUAAUAGCAGCCUAUAUGAGGGGAUUAUGAUUUGAUAGGACCACGUAGGAAGUACAUGUUUACUUGUCUUAUGUAACGAAUGUUCUACACAAUCUAGUGUAUACAGCUGAUGGGAGUGGGGAAUGUUGUAGCCUAUAUUUUCUCCCCAAAAAUAACUCGCAAUUGACACGUGAUUCAUGCGGGAUAUGCCACCAUUCACCAUUCACUAAUUUGGCUAUUUGACUGCCAAUGUAUCCAUACUGUCGUUCUAAAACAAAUGUACCAUACCUUAUACAUACAUUGAAGUAUUAUUCUUUCCAAUAAAUAGUCUCUUGCGAAAUUGUCUAAUUUAGCCUCUGCUGUCAAUGAUUCUUUCAGAUGAAGCAGUUUAUUUAGGAGAACGGUGCUUCAAUGUCCCCAAAAGGUGGCACUGUUGAGUUUUACAACGGCAGAUGUAUGUCUGCUCUCCACAAAUCCUUUGUAAUUUCAUUUCAUAGAACUUCAGCACAGAAUCGUAUGUAUUCCUGUAUUCUGUCACAUAUCAAUACUGUAUGAGCCAACGCUGUCGUUCAUGUCACUAAGAUUAUUGUAAUGCAUGCUUAUGCAUUUUGGUUAGACUACUGGUAAAUUUGACCACUUCGAAUUUCAAGUAACACGAAUUGUGAAAACGUGUGCAUAACCAUCCCCCAAUAUUUGCACAUCAUAAAUCAUGAAUACUAUGUUUUGAUACUUUUGAAACUAAUAUAAAUCCUACAACCAUACAAAAACGUUAUUACGCAUUUAUUUCAUGACAACAACUAAUAAUGUAUAUUAUUGCUUCAAUAACUUCAUAAUUUGCAUAUUGCAAUUUACAUUUGGAUAUUAAAAUGUUACCAUUGCCACUUGCAAUAACACUAAAUCGAACCAUAAUGUGCACACAGCCUACUGUCCUUUCCCCACCAUGAGCGCAGUGAGAUAAUUGAAUGGUGAUUUUUUUGUCCAAAUGGUAGAAUAAAUGGCCAUUAAAAUAAUAUAAAUGGAGAGGCGAAAGAGUUAAGAGGUUGAGUUGCAGCUGACAGUCAGCUGAUAGCCUUUGACAGUUGAGAAAAGUUUUGUUUCUCUACUAAUAUGUUAAUUAGCCCAUAGAUUGUGCGAGCCCAUUGGCUCUUCGUCCGAGUCAAUUUCCCAUUUCCAACCUGACGUCAGGGCGGCUAUAAAACUCUGCAAUGCUUUUAAACUCAUCUGCUGUGUGAUCCUUCUAAAAAAAUCGCCUACAAGUCAGAGGCAUUUUACGUCCGAGGCUACAUUUACCCCUCUCCUUCGACAUUUCACCCUCCGCUUUACGCAAUGUAGGCAUAUCCAUGAAGAAACAGUAAUGUGUUAAAUGUUAAAAAUACAAAUUCGCCGAAUUUCUCAUGCUGAAAGAGGACUCCGCAACUCGCCUGCACGGCUCUGGUGCGUCUGUGCAAUAGACUCUGAAAAGAAAACUAUUCAUUUACAGUUGGGAGCACGUCGCUGCAAAAAGGACAUUGAAAACCUAUUUUUUCACUUUAAGACAAAUACGCUUAAAAAGCAAACUGGCUCACGUUCUUCCAAACCAACCCAGUUUGACAGCUGCUCUUCACCCCCUUUGGAGGACUGUCGGCAGCAAGAGGAUGGCAUCAGAACUGGCAAUGAGCAACUCCGACCUGCCCACCAGUCCCCUGGCCAUGGAAUAUGUUAAUGACUUCGAUCUGAUGAAGUUUGAAGUGAAAAAGGAGCCGGUGGAGCCCGAUCGCAACAUCAGCCAGUGCAGCCGCCUUAUCGCCGGGGGAUCCUUGUCUUCCACACCGAUGAGCACGCCUUGCAGCUCGGUGCCCCCUUCUCCAAGCUUCUCGUCGCCCAGUCCGGGGUCGGGGAGCGAACAGAAGGCACACUUGGAGGAUUUCUACUGGAUGUCCGGUUAUCAACCGCAGUUGAAUCCGGAGGCGCUGGGCUUCAGCCCCGAAGACGCAGUUGAGGCGCUGAUCAACAGCAGUCACCAGCUCCAGUCCUUCGAUGGCUAUGCUAGAGGGCAGCAGUUUGCCGGCGGAGCCGGAGGAGGAGGCACCAUGGGCGGGGAAGAGAUGGGCUCUGCCGCGGCGGUGGUGUCCGCAGUUAUCGCCGCCGCAGCAGCCCAGAACGGGGGGCCCCACCACCACCAUCACCUCCACAACGGCGGCCACCAUCACCAAUCACCUGGGGUCUCGUCCAACGGCAGCUCCGGAGGAAACCACCCACACAUGGGACAUUUGGACGACCGGUUUUCGGACGACCAGUUGGUGGGCAUGUCGGUGCGGGAGCUCAACCGGCAGCUACGGGGAGUCAGCAAGGAAGAAGUGAUCCGGCUGAAACAGAAGAGGAGGACCCUAAAGAACAGAGGCUAUGCGCAGUCCUGCCGCUACAAGCGGGUGCAGCAACGGCACGUCCUGGAGGGCGAGAAGACGCAGCUCGUCCAGCAAGUCGACCACCUCAAGGCGGAGAUCUCCAGGCUGGCCCGGGAGAGAGACGCAUACAAAGAAAAAUAUGAGAAGCUCAUCAGCAACGGCUUCAGAGAAAAUGGAUCCAGCAGUGACAACAACCCUUCCUCCCCGGAGUUUUUCAUGUCAUCCAGAAAAUUCCUCCAUCUGUGAACGAGAGCCUCGCCCCUCCCUGCCCUUGGCCUUGAUGUCUGAGAUAACCUGGCGACUGAACGCUGAUGACUUAAGAGUGACUGACCAAUGGCAUGAGGAACCCCACAAAGCACAACAACAUUUAAAGAUGACUUCCCUGGAGAAGAAGAAAACACCCCUAAAAACAGUGUAGAGGAAUGCUUCAGAGUCUCUUCCUACUCCCACUUCCAUCUCCACGAUUUUACCUACAGCUUUUUUGUAAGAAAACAAAAACAAACAAAACACUGACUCAAAUGAUGAAUCAAGAUGAUUGACAACAUCAGAAGAAUAUUACGGGAGAAACCAUUUCCUUUGUAGGGGGGGGGGGAGACAAAACUUUGAUGCAUGUUACUGUAAGUAGUUCAUCUAAAACCUUUUUCCCCCAAGUGGGAUCCUCCACUAAGAAGACUCGUCCAAGUCCUGCGUUCCUGAUUUAGGAUACAAUACCCAAGCAACCCACCUCCUCCCUCUGAAAUCCCUUACUCUAUCUUCCCUAUCAGAGGUCAUUGUAACUACCAUUGACAAUAUGUUCCUCGUUUUAGAGAACUUACUUCCUGUAUCAUUUUAGUUGGACUGUAAGACUACUAUAGUGUAUACUAUUUGCAUAAUGAACCAGUCUUCCUCUCCAAUGGACAUGAGUGAUGUACUAUAGCAUGGAUCUGACUUUACUGUGUUCCUCAGUAUGCUUGUAGAUCACAAAACUCAUAAUUGUGAAUAGUACAACGAUUACACCUUUUUAAUCCUAGAUUCCUAUCUUUACCAGGCAGUAUUAACUUACUGUAUACCAAGUAGGGCAUUUUGUUGACCUGUAUAUUUGACUAAAUGCAUAGAAAUGCAAGUAAUAGCUCAUUGUAUUAUUUGAAUACCUGCAGACAUAUUAGGGAAACAUUUCUGUCUAUAAAGACAAUGGGACUGUGA